UUGGCGGGAAAAGCUGAAAGUGAAAGUUUAUUUAUGUUUUUGACAUUUCAUAAAUUGAAAUUUAUACCAGAAUAGUCAUAAACUGAAUAACUCCUUAAAUUAUUAGGGAAAUGAAGAGUUCUAGAAGAAGUAAACGAAAGUUAGAAGAUUGUUAUGAUUUUGAUUCCCUGCAAGUUGGUUGGAAUAAAGAUUCUGUGACAACAUCGGCUAAGAAACCUGAAUCAAAACAACCUGUGAAAGAUUUGGGCAAUACAAGUUUUGAUUGGAGCCGUAGCUGUGAGGGUUUCUCAGGAUUAGCUUUUGAUUCUUCCACAAAAAACAAACCCAAGGCUCAAAGUUCUAAGAAACCUAAAUUUGUCCCAUCAUAUACUAUUGCAAGUUCAUCUGAUGAAGAGGAACAAGUGAUAGAUGAUGAUGAAAUAUCGUGGAAUUCAAGUGAAAGUGGAGAAGAUGGGCAAGAAAGAGAUGGUGGACAGGUGACAGUGAUUACUAAUAAAAAGUGGGGUAAAUCUGGACGUCAAACUAAAACAUUAAACAGGAAAUCAGGUCAGGAUUUUGAUAACUUGAGAAAAAAGACUUCAAUCAAAGAUGAAGACAAUAUUGACAACUUAUCUUCAGAUUCGGAUGUGGAGACACGAAAUGUGAACUGCCAGAAACGUCUUUCAUGCCAAUUGGAAGCCAGAGUAUCACCUCAUAUAAGUAGUUGUCCGUCUAGUCAAUCAACGUCUCCUGGGACAUCCGGUUUAAAGGGAAGUGACUGGAUGAAAUUAAUGGACUGGCAAACUUCACCCGAGAAACAGAAUUACCAAGAAGAACAGCCAGAUCCAGACUCUGCCAAAAAAACUCGUAAAAAAUAUCUGAGAGGUGGCCUAGCAGAAAGUUUAUAUAGAAUUCAGACAAGAGAAAAGUCGUGUUUAAGAAUCUGGCAGCAUCAAUCACAAACAAAUACACAACAAACUACAACAAAGGUUUUAAGACUGCGUGUUGUAAAGUUUGAGUUGUUCUAUUCCAUGCAGUUAGCUGAUUGUACAUUAACAAAUACAGAGGGUGGUGAAGCGAAGAGCCGAAAAGUUUUAUUUACGAAACAGUUAAUGGAAAGUUUAAAAAUCAAAGAAGGAACAGAAGUAGAAGUACAUGCACCUUGGCAGGAGUUAAACUGUGUGUCAAGUAAUACUUCUAUUAUAUUAUGUACAAACUAUGUUAAAGUUUUAUCCCAGACAAACCAUUCCAGACAGCCAUCACCAUUUAAAUCUGUUAGAAAUACCUAUUCUUCCUGGAGUUGUCCUUGUUUACAUGAUAAUAGAGUUAGUAGUAAAGAAUGUCCAGCAAAUAAUUCAACAACUUUAAUAGAAAAACAACCAGCAGAAAACAUACAGAUUGUACCCACCUCAUCAAUGGAAUGUUCCACGACAACAGAAAAAACAAUACACAUAGUCACAGCCUCACAAUUACCAGCAUUAUCCAAUCAAAAAUCUCCUACUUUACGACAAUGUCUUGAAAACCAUACAGAUCAGUCCCUUUCAUUUAUAGCUCAGAUAUCGAGAGUAUUUCAUUGGUAUGAUACACGAUUAAAAGAAUCUAGAUGUAGUUUAAUGGUAGAAGAUUGUGGAACUAUGGCUGUAAUAUAUCUAUCAGAUGAUAGAAACUUGACUGAUCUGGACAAACAUGCAGGUUCUUUGUCCUGGUUUACAGGUCUUAAAGUACAACAAAGAGUAACCAGAGACAGAGAUGCCAAGUUAUUUUCUGUAAUUGAUGUAGCAUGGAGUGGACAUUCAUAUCAAGCAACUAGCCAGGAGAGUCAAUCACAAACUUUGUUUAAUGAGGGUACAGAACCACCAGGAUUUUGUUAUAUUUUAUCAACACAUGAAGAAGAUAUCUUUGAGUUUAACAUAGCAGAAAAUACACAAUUAACAAAACUGCCAGAAAUAACAAAAAUAUCUCUUUCUCAUCUUAAAAAGUGUGAAAGUAUAUGUAGAUUUACAUGUUACUGUAAGAUUUUACAUAUAACAAGUCAUAAUCAGAUGACAAGAGAACUGUAUAUAAGUGAUAUGUCUAUUGUAUCAAAUAAUAUACCAUAUAAAGUUAUACAGUUAUUACCUAGUAAUCAUCUCUACCCUAUAACAACUACACCCGGUCCUAUAGUAUGCUGUACAGAUCUUAGAUUAGAAAACGGACAAUUAGCAGCUGAUGAAUUUACAAGAAUUACUAUGGAGAUAACAGACAACAUUAAUCUGAAUACUUUAAAUAUUAAAUUACCGAGAUUAACAUCAGAUACAACCUUUAAAUCUUUAGUAUCUGUUCAAGGUAUUAUAGAUGAUAUUGAUGAAGACUCAGCUUGUUCAUGGGAAGAGUGUGAUAUAUGUGGUAGUGAUCAACUUACAACUAUAUCAGAUGAUAGUCCAGCAUAUUGUAGUAAAUGUAAACAGUCUGUAAUAACACCGGUCAUUAGAUUAGAAAUGGAAGUAUCUGUUAAAAUGGAGGAUCUCCCUGAUUCUACUUCUGUAAAAAUAAAUUUACUUGAAUCAACAAUCAAGUCUUUGUUACCAUCAGAAACAUCAGAUGAGGGCUAUGAUAUUAAUCAAGUUAUUGGUAAAUCUCUUCCAUUAAUUAGCUGUUUAGUGAAAUCUACAACUUGUAAAGAUAGUCAUACAGAAUUUAUAUUACAACAGAUUGAUGUUUAGUGUGUUUUAAACAAACCAAAAAAACAAUUAUAUCACUUUGAAUUGAAUAGUGUAGAUUUUAAAUGUUAUAUCCAGAAGAAAAUGGGAUAAAUUUUGUGUAUAAGUCCAUAUAUAUUUACAAGUUGUCUCCAGUCUAAUGAAUACUUCUUUUUCAGUCAACAUGUUUAUUGAAAUUACAUGGGAUAGGAUUUAUUAUUAGGAUCAUUAUUGACAAUUAAAAUACAGAUUAACGUCAUCCUUUGAUGUACGAUCAUUUCAAAUAAUGGUACGGGCAAACAGCCAAACUUACAUAAUUUAUACUAGAUGAAAUAUGGGACUCGUGUGACGAUUACAUUGAAUUGCCCGUGCAUGAUAGUGUACAUUGCUGAAUAUAUUGAAACAACACUUGGACUAACAUCCUCAUGCUGUAUCAAUAUAUUAUUUAAUGUCUUGCUCUCGUGGAUUAAACCACACAUAUCUCUGUUUGUUAUUAAUCUUAUUGUUAUCUUAUAAUCUACAUUUAGUGAAAUAAUGUUAAUUGUUAAAUAGUAUUAUUUUUAUAUUCUACAAUAAGCUUGAAAAAAUAAAUUAUCUGUAUCGCCCAAUGAAAGUGUUGUGUGUUUUUGAUAAUGUAUAAAUUGAGCAAUCACAAUCAAGUAU